AUGGCUUUUGCAAGUUCGGAUUCGCACUCAGGGCACACCAGGGAUGAAACAAUUCUUGCCAGGUUGGGAUACAAGCAGGAGUUUCAGAGGGAAUUUACUCCAUUAGAAGUCUUUGGUGUCGCGUUCAGUAUCGUGGGGCUCCUUCCUUCUAUUGCGUCGGUACUCUUCAAUGCCAUGCCGAACGGCGGUCCUCUUGCGAUGGUUUGGGGUUGGCUGUUUGCCAGCGCCUUUAUUAUGUGUAUCGGGUUGGCCAUGGCGGAACUUGCGUCUGCAGCACCAACCUCGGGCGGAUUGUAUUACUGGACCCAUUCGCUUGCCUCCCCUCGUUGCCGGAAUUUUCUCUCGUGGAUAGUUGGAUAUGCUAAUACGAUCACAUCUAUCGCAGCACUUGCCUCAGUGGAUUGGGCAUGCGCGAUCCAAAUCACAGCCGCAGUCAGCAUCGCAUCUAAUCAGGUAUACGUGGCAACCAAUGGGCAGAUCUAUGGUAUAUUCGCAGCGUUGGUGUUAUCCCAUGCUGUCCUUGUGAGCCUCGGGACGCAAAUCCUGGCAAGACUUCAAAGACUAUACAUCUUCCUGAAUGUGUGCCUCUGCUUCGUGGUCAUCAUCGCGCUUCCAAUCGCAACGCCAUCAGAAUACAGAAACAGCGCUAGCUUUGCACUUGGGGACUUUACUAACUUGGACGGUUGGCCAUCUGGAUUUGCGUUCAUAUUGAGUCUAUUGGCACCUCUUUGGACGAUAGGAGGGUAUGAUUCAAGCGUCCACAUAAGUGAGGAGGCAUCCAAUGCCACUACCGCCAUACCAUGGGCUAUUGUCGGCUCAAUUGCAGUAUCUGCAGCCCUUGGUUGGGGCAUCAACGUCUCCCUUGCAUUUUGCAUGGGCACUGAUCUCGAGGGCAUCUUGAACAGCCCGAUUGGUCAACCUAUGGCACAGAUCUUUUACAACUCUUUUGGGCAGAAAGGAGCGUUAGUCCUAUGGUCUCUCGUUAUUGUGGCGCAGUACAUGAUGGGAUCGAGCUGUCUUCUUGUCGGUUCCCGCCAGACGUUCGCAUUUGCUCGCGACGGCGGCCUACCGUUCUCGCGAUACUUUUACCGCAUCAAUAGCUAUACAAGAACGCCGGUCAAUACUGUUUGGCUCGAUGCCUUGCUCGCUCUUGCAAUCGGUCUUCUGGCGUUCGCGAGUUCACAAGCUAUCAACGCGAUGUUCACUCUCGCAGUCACUUCGUCAUACAUAUCUUAUAUCACACCGAUCACAACCCGAUUCGUUUUCAAGAAUAAUUUCAAGCCAGGUCCAUUUAAUCUUGGGAAAUUUAGUUUUCCCGUCGCAGCAAUCGCUGUGUCGUGGAUGGUCUUCAUGAAUAUCGUUUUCUUCUUUCCCGCAACCCCGCAUACUACUGUGCAAGAGAUGAACUACACGGUGGUCGUCCUAGGUGGUUUCAUGUCCCUCGCUGUUUUCUGGUAUUACUGCCCGGUAUACGGAGGAGUGCACUGGUUCAAUGGACCCGUAUCAAAUCUAGUAUCAGCCGACAACAAGCAAGAUGAGGACUCGGCGUCAGAGAAGACGGGGAAAGAGCAAGGCGCAGAUGUAUUGAUUGUGGAUGUAAAAGUGUAG